AUGUCAACAGACGGAGUGGAGAUUGUAGGUUUCUGUGAUGCUUCUCAAUUCGCAUACGGAGCAUGUUUAUAUGUUCGCUCAAAAACAAGUAAUGGAGAGUGGUCAUCUUGCUUACUCUGUUCAAAAUCUAUAGUAGCCUCACUUAAACAUGUGUCAAUUCCUCGGCUUGAAUUGAAUGCGGCACUUUUGUUAGCUCAACUUUGUCGUAAGGUCGGAGCGGCGUUAAGGCUUAAUGUGUCAAAAUUUAUACUGUUCUCAGACUCCACUAUUGUACUCACAUGGAUAAAUCGUAUGUCUGGGACGUUGGCCACAUAUGUUGGAAACCGUGUAUUGAAAAUUCACGAUAUUACAUCACCUCAUCAAUGGAAACAUGUCAGAACUAAUCAAAAUGCAGUAGAUCUUAUAUCGAGAGGACUGACGGUAAAUCAACUUUCAUCUUCAACAAUGUGGUGGACAGGUCCAGAGUUUAUAAAGGGACCACAAGAAGAAUGGCCAAGUAGCACUUUUGAAUUGCUUGAGAAUCCGCCAGAAAUAAAAAGGACCAAAUUGGUGUUAACAUCCUGUAAAACUGACAACACAUUACUACAGCGGUAUUCAAGUUGGGACGUAUUAUUACGCAUUACUGCAUGGAUCUUACAGUAUAUAGGAAAUUUUAGAAAACGUAUACGUGAAAAAAGGGUCAACUCUGAUAAUGGAUUAGAGUUGAAAGAGUGUCCAACAAUACGGCUUAGUGCCUCGGAUCUUCAAGAGGCAGCUAUCAGAUGGUACAAAAUUGCACAACAAGAUGAUUUUCAUCAGGAAAUUAAUGAUCUACAGGAAAACCGUGAGUUGAAGAAGGGAAGUUCAAUUCGAGGACUGUCACCUUGGUUAGAUGAAUUAAAACUUCUUAGAGUAGGUGGUAGACUAAAAAAUGCUAACAUCAAUUUCAAUCAAAGGCAUCCAGUAUUACUUUCAUCAAAUCACUAUUAUGAUACUAACUAUUAUNAUCCAGUAUUACUUUCAUCAAAUCACCGAGUAACUAUUAUGAUUGCUGAGGCUCAACACAAAAAGUUGUUACAUGCUGGACCACAUCUGCUAUUGAGCCAGUUACGACAAACAAUUUGGCCACUUAAUGGAAAGAUUCUAGUGAACAAAAUUGUGCGAAAUUGCAGACAAUGUUUUCAAAUAAAACCGGUAAUUUCUCAACCAUCAAUGGGACAGCUUCCCAGCACAAGAGUAAAUUCAGAACGAGCCUUUGCUGUAACAGGUAUCAAUUUUUGUGGACCAAUAAUGGUGCGGUCUGGGUUUGGAAAAAAUACUAAAAAGGAAAAGGCUUAUGUUGUACUAUUCGUUUGUUUUACAUCUAAAGCAAUUCAUUUAGAAUUAGUGGUUUAUCUUCAGAAAAAUUUGUUGCUGCACUUCGAAGAUUUAUAUCUAGAAGAUGAAUUUGUCGAGAAAUACACAGCGAUAAUGCAACUAAUUUUAAAGGAGCGAAACGAGAACUGCAGGAUCAUUUUUAGCAAGUCAGAGAAGUAG